AUGACCGUCGACUCCACCACUAACUACGGCUUCGGCACCAGAGCUAUCCACGCUGGUGCCCCUAUCGACCCAAACACGGGAGCUGUCAUCGAGCCCAUCUCCCUCAGUACCACUUUCGCUCAGCUGGAGCCUUCUAAGCCUAUUGGUAUCUACGACUACUCCAGAUCUGGUAACCCAAACAGAGACAACUUCGAGGCCGCCAUUGCUUCCUUGGAGAAGGCCAAGCACGCCGUUGCCAUUGCUUCUGGAUCUGCCACUACCUCCUUGAUCCUCCAGUCCUUGCCUAUUGGCUCCCACGUUGUUUCUGGUGGUGAUGUCUAUGGUGGUACUCACCGUUACUUCACCAAGGUCGCCAACACCCACGGUAUUAACAUUGAGUUCGUUCACGACUUGCAGAAGGACUUGGAGGCCUCUCUCCGUGAGGACACCCAGCUUGUGUGGCUCGAGACUCCAUCCAACCCUACCUUGUCUGUGACCGACAUCUCUGCUGUCGCCGCCAUUGUCAAGGAGCACAACAAGAAGUACAACAAGAACACCAUCUUGGUUGUCGACAACACCUUCUUGUCCCCAUACAUCUCCAACCCCUUGGUGCACGGUGCUGACGUUGUUGUUCACUCCAUCACCAAGUACAUCAACGGUCACUCCGACGUGGUCGGCGGUGUCUUGGCCACCAACAACGACGAGUUGCACGAAAAGUACCGUUUCUUGCAGAACGCCAUUGGCUCUGUGCCUUCUCCAUUUGACUCCUGGUUGGCCCACAGAGGUCUCAAGACCUUGCACUUGAGAGUCAGACAGGCUGCUUUCACCGCCCAGAAGAUUGCCGAGUACUUGUCUCAGCACGAGUCCGUCAUUGCCGUCAACUACCCUGGUCUCAAGUCUCACGCUAGACACUCUGUUGUUCUCCAGCAGCACCGUGAUGGUCUUGGAGGCGGUAUGAUCUCUUUCAGAAUCGCCGGCGGUGCCAAGGCUGCCUCUGUCUUCACCUCUUCCACCAAGCUCUUCACUUUGGCUGAGUCUCUCGGUGGUAUUGAGUCCUUGAUUGAGGUUCCUGCUAUCAUGACCCACGGUGGUAUUCCUCAGGCCGAGAGAGAGAAGGCUGGUGUCUUUGACGAUUUGAUUAGAGUUUCCGUUGGUAUCGAGGAGACUGAUGACUUGUUGGCCGACAUUGAGCAGGCCUUGGCCAAGAUCAAGGCUUAA